AUGGGGAAAGCGGUCGCUCCGAGCCGAGGCGCCGGCUGCGGCGGCCGCUCCCGCGGACUCUCGUCGCUGUUCACCGUCGUCCCCUGCCUGUCCUGCCACACCGCGGCUCCGGGCAUGAGCGCUCACACGUCCGGCUCCGGAUCGGAGCCCAAGCCUCCACCCCAGCCGGUGUGGGUACCGCAGCGGGAGCCGCUGCCCGAGCAGGUGCGGGAGCCAGUUUCCGAGUCAGUGUACGGCUCGAAGCCCGGGCACCGACCGAAGUCUGCGCCGGGCCCGGCGGCUGGGCAGGGAUCGGAACCGCCGGGGACGCGUCUGGGGUCCGAGUCGAGCCCAAGGCUGGGGGCCGGCGGGCCCGGCAGCAAGGCCGUGGAGCAGGCGUCCCCGCCGAGGUCCGGAGUGGGGGCUGUGCCCGCGCCUCUCCCCGAGUCCGGGUUGGCGACCAAGGCCCUGCCACCUGGACAGGUGAAGACCGCGCUUGGGGCUCCGGUGUCUGGCACGACCCCCAGUGUCCUGAUGUCUUCGCCGCCCCUCGACAGCUACAAGGGCUGGCUUCUCAAGUGGACCAACUACCUGAAGGGUUACCAGCGCCGCUGGUUCGUGCUCGGCAAUGGCCUGCUGUCCUACUACAGGAACCAGGGUGAAAUGGCCCACACCUGUCGUGGCACCAUCAACCUGGCCACCACACAGAUCGACACGGAAGACUCCUGUGGAAUCUUGCUGGUCAGUGGCGCAAGGAACUAUCACCUGAAGGCCAGCUCCGAGGUGGACCGGCAGCAGUGGAUCACCACCCUGGAGCUGGCCAAGGCCAAGGCAGUCCACAUGAUGAAGGCACAUUCAGAUGACUCUGGGGACGACGACGAAGAGCCUGCCUCCCCAGCUGACAAGAACGAGCUCCACCACACUCUUAAGAACCUCUCCUUGAAGUUAGAUGACCUCAGCACGUGCAAUGACCUCAUUGCCAAGCAUGGCGCCGCACUCCAGCGCUCCCUGAAUGAGCUGGACAGCCUGAAGAUCCCAUCGGACAGCAGCGAGAAACUGAAGGUGGUGAACGAGCGGGCCACCCUCUUCCGCAUCACGUCGAAUGCUAUGAUCAACGCCUGCAGGGACUUCCUGGAACUAGCGGAGACGCACAGCCGGAAAUGGCAGCGGGCCCUGCAGUAUGAGCAGGAGCAGCGGGUCCACCUGGAGGAGACCAUCGAGCAGCUGGCCAAACAGCACAACAGCCUCGAGCGAGCCUUCCGUAGCGCCCCCGGCAGGACCACCGACCCCACUCAGAGCUUCAGCCAGGGAAGCCUCUUGAACACUAAAGGAGAGGACAGUGAGGAAGAUGAAGAUACCGAGUACUUCGAUGCCAUGGAAGACUCCACGUCCUUCAUCACUGUGAUCACAGAGUCCAAGGAAGACAGAGAAGCCUGCUGGGAAGGUGGGCGGGGUACCAGCUCCGUGGACUGGACCUCGUCAGACAAUGUGUUAGGCAGUGCCUCGAUUGAACCCAAGGGUUCAUCCAAAGUCAAGAGGCGCGCCCGCAUCCCCGACAAGCCCAACUACAGCCUUAACCUCUGGAGCAUCAUGAAGAACUGCAUCGGCCGUGAGCUCUCCAGGAUCCCGAUGCCGGUGAACUUCAAUGAGCCCCUGUCCAUGCUCCAGCGGCUGACAGAGGACCUGGAGUACCACCACCUGCUGGACAAGGCGGUGCACUGCGCCAGCUCGGUGGAGCAGAUGUGCCUGGUGGCCGCCUUCUCUGUGUCCUCCUACUCCACCACGGUGCACCGCAUCGCCAAGCCCUUCAACCCCAUGCUGGGGGAGACCUUUGAGCUGGACCGCCUCGAGGACAUGGGCCUGCGCUCCCUCUGCGAACAGGUGAGCCACCACCCACCCUCCGCGGCCCAUUACGUGUUCUCCAAGAACGGCUGGAGCCUCUGGCAGGAGAUCACCAUCGCCAGCAAGUUCCGGGGCAAAUACAUCUCCAUCAUGCCGCUGGGUGCCAUCCACCUAGAAUUCCAGGGGAGUGGGAAUCACUACGUGUGGAGGAAGAGCACCUCGACUGUCCAUAACAUCAUCGUGGGCAAGCUCUGGAUCGACCAGUCAGGGGACAUCGAGAUCGUGAACCAUAAGACCAAAGACCGGUGCCAGAUGAAGUUCGUGCCCUACAGCUAUUUCUCCAAAGAGGCGGCCCGCAAGGUGACCGGGGUGGUGAGUGACAGCCAGGGCCAGGCCCACUACGUGCUGUCGGGCUCGUGGGAUGAGCAGAUGGAAUGUUCCAAGAUCGUGCACAGCAGCCCCAGCAGCCCCAGCUCCGACGGCAAGCAGAAGACCGUGUACCAGACCCUGCCAGCCAAGCUGCUGUGGAAGAAGUACCCGCUGCCGGAGAACGCGGAGAACAUGUACUACUUCUCGGAGCUGGCGCUGACCCUGAACGAGCAGGAGGAGGGCGUGGCGCCCACCGACAGCCGCCUGCGGCCCGACCAGCGGCUGAUGGAGAAGGGGCGCUGGGACGAGGCCAACACCGAGAAGCAGCGGCUGGAGGAGAAGCAGCGCCUGUCCCGCCGCCGCAGGAUGGAGUCGUGCGCCUCGGGCUGCGCCGCAGAGGAAGAGAAGGAGUCUGACAACUACAUGCCCCUGUGGUUCGAGAAGAGGCUGGACCCGCUGACCGGGGAGACGGCCUGUGUGUACAAGGGCGGCUACUGGGAGGCCAAGGAGCGGCAAGACUGGCACAUGUGCCCCAACAUCUUCUGAGCACCCUCUGCGGCCCAUCAGGCACCUGCCCAGCCAGGUCCCCCCUUUCUUUAAUGCACUCAAUUGAAUACUGAAUGGCCCUCCCCACCCACAUUCAUUUCCUUUCCUCUUUUUUUUUUUUUUUUUUUUUGACCCUUGUUUUCUCCUUUUCCUACAAUGAAACUUUUGGGGGGCUCCUCUCUUCGAUUAGAAGGGGGAAGGGCCGACCUGGGUUCUCUUCAGCCCCCAGGUGCACCAGGUCACCCGCGCCCCUUUCCUCAUGGACUUGGGGGCCCCAUGGGCACCCCAGUUCCUACAACUCAGGCCGGCUGGCCCGGGCCAGGGGCGGCCCAGAUCACCAGCCCCUCGUAGGGAGCCUCUUUUGACUUUUUUUUUAAGAAAAAAAAAUUUGCAUUUCUUUUCCAGCCAUGAGGUUUAGUAAUAUUUUUAGCACAGCACUUAGUACUAGCUCUCCAAGUGUGCUUCCUUGCCGUACAUUGAUUGCCCUGGCAAGAACCUCCCUUCCCCUUUGCCCCCCCCCCUUUUUUAAAGACAUCAGAAAAGCCAGACCCCCUGAGUUGGGAGCACUUGGUAGCUCAGCACAGCAAGGUCCUGCCCAGCCCCCUCCCCAAGAGCCUGGAGCCCACAGACACCCCAUAGCAGGGGGGUCGGGACAGGGGGACUGCAGAGGGUGUUGGCAACACCCUAACCCCAAAGAGGCCAGGAAGGCUGGAAGGCAGGGCCUUGCAGGUGCUCCCCACCCGAGAACAGGGCCCCAAAUCAGCAAUAAGGAACAAACCCUCGGCUCGACCUGGGCUGGUGACCCGGGGGCCCAUCCCCGCGCCUCCCUCUCCUUGUCCUGAUCUGGGGUGCUCCAGCUCAUCGACCCCUCCCCCCGACUCUUUAUUUGCCUAAUUUAUAUAUAUAUAUGAUAUAUAAAUAUAUAAAAUAGCUAUUUUGCUUAAAUUUCUAUGAUAUGUAAAAGUGAAAAAUGAUGAAGACAGCAUUCCUGUCUGAGUUUAGCCUCCGGUCAGCUGUGCCCUGCCCUUUCCUGCUCCUUCCAGUGGCUUCUGCCAGCCUUGGGGAGGACUGGACCAUGGUGACCACAUCCCAACCCUCAGAAACCCCCUCUCCCCCCUUCCCACUUGAGUUUGGUCCUGAAAGUUCAUCUCGAGCUUUUCUUUCUACUCCAGGACUGGGAUUUCUUUUUUUUAUUAAAAACAAAAACAAAACACACAAAAGUGAAAACACCAAUGUAUGAAAUGCCUUAUGAUGCCACUCUGGAGGGGAGUAAAAGGGGUGUCCAUCUGCCUCUCCUCAGCGCUGUGGAGUGUACCUCUUUCCCCAGCACUGUGUGUGAGUGAGCACCUUCUGACUGUAAUAAAAAUUGAAAAA